AUGAAAAACAACUACAAAAUCAACUAUGAGAUGCGUAAAAAUCGAUUGUUCUUAUGGCUUGCAGUGUUGUUGACAAUCCUCUUAGUACUGGCUAUUGGAGUUUUUGUUUUUCUUGCACUCAACGCGAAAUAUCAAUAUGUGUGCUUGUUUGACUGUCAGCAACAUGAGGGUGUCAUGGCCAGAGGACAAGGCUCGUUGUCAAGCGAAACAGCCUCGAUUGCAACUGUUACUACAGCAGUUUCUCAAACUCGCUCCACUGAGACUGGCAUGAGUGAGAAAACAACCCUGGAAAGCAAAAUUCAUACUGAGAUGAGUCGGAACACGAAGGCCCCGUUUACAACUGACCAAAAUUUGACCAUUCGUUCCGAAAAGCCGUCCACAGUAAGCCCAGCCUUUGUGGAUAGAAAAACUACCAGUUCAGUGACCAACAACUCAACAUCUCUGCCUGUUUUAACUCCGGUUAAUCUACAUAAUACACGUAAACCGCGAGUGAACGUUAAAAAAUACAUCAAGAUUAGAGGGAAUAUUUCUUUCCUCGGUAAGGCUCCGAAACGAUUUCCUCGAAAUUCGCGAUUGAUUGUGGAGUUUAAGGAAGAUCUUCGAUCAGAUGGACCUUCGAUUUUACUCGCCAAAACAGCAGUGGAUUUGUCGAACUAUCGCAGAGGCAAAACUUUGUCAUAUAUAAUUUCUUGCAAAAUGCCUAAAUUUGCUCACGAAUCUUACAGUGUGUCAGCUGUUUUGAACGUGGGCUGGAAACCGCGGAGGAAUAAAAACGAGUGGAUACGUAGAGGGGACUAUUUCACUGAUACUUCUUUUGACGUGCACAUUACUAAGCACAAGAGACUCUACAUUAAACAUAUUCAGCUUGUUAAAUACACUUGA